AUGCUGUCUUCUCUUUGGUCUCUACUGGCUAUUACUGCCCUCACUGCAGCUGCACCAGCCCACGUCUCAUCCGGUGUACUGAAUCAACUUACUCUGUUCGCCGAAUACGCCGCUGCCUCAUACUGCGCAAACAAUAUCAACUCGACAGGCGGCUUACUGACCUGCGCCGAGGGAAACUGUCCAGCGGUGCAGUCUGCGGGGGCCACCUCCCUCUACGAAUUCGAAGACUCAACCGAAUGGGGCGAUGUAGCCGGGUUCCUCAGCGUCGACGACACGAACAAGCUUCUCGUAGUCUCUUUCCGAGGCAGCCGCAGCUUGAGCACCUGGAUAGCCAAUCUUGACUAUGGCUUGACCGAUGUCAGUGACCUAUGUGACGGCUGCGAGGCACACGGCGGAUUCUGGAAAUCCUGGAACUCCGUUGCCGACGACCUCACCGCGCAGAUUGACGCCGCGAGGAAGACUUAUAGUGGAUACACGUUAGUAAUGACCGGGCACAGCUUCGGAGCAGCCGUCGCAGCAUUGGGAGGAACUGCCUUGCGCAACGCAGGAUAUGAUCUGGACAUCUAUAACUUUGGCCAGCCUCGGGUGGGCAAUGAAGCUCUCUCAGCGUAUAUGACCGAUCAAGGUAGUCUCUGGCGAGUUACACAUACGAAUGAUAUCGUGCCUCGACUUCCUCCUACAUCAUUUGGGUUUAGCCAUGCUAGUCCCGAGUACUGGAUCACCAGUGGGAAUGAUGUGACGGUGACCACGUCAGAUGUGGAGGAGAUCAGUGGGAUUGAUUCGAAGGCAGGCAAUGCUGGGCAGGCCAUUACGGAAGUUGAGCCGCAUAAUUGGUAUAUUGUGAAUAUUGAUGGAUGCCAAUGA